AUGCAGACUGCUUCUACAAACAUUUGUGAAAGAAUGGGUCGCUCUCAGGAGCUCAGUGAAUUCAAGUGUGGUACGUGAUAGGUUGCCACCUGUGCAAUAAGUCCAUCCCUGAAAUUUCCUUUCUACUAAAUAUUCCACAGUCAACGGUUAGUGGUAUUGUAACAAAAUGGAUGCAACUGGGAACAAAAGCAACUCGGCUACAAAGUGAGCAGGGUCAGCACGUGCUGAAGCGCACAGUGCGCAGAAGUCACCAACUGUCUGCAAUGUCAAUAGCUAAAGACCUCCAAACCUUCAGAAUAGCACAACGACAGUGCGUAGAGAGUUUAAUGGACUGGGUUUCCAUG